AUGUGUCAGCCAUCGGAUGCAGACUCGCAGCAGAUCCCGCCCAUUGAGAUCGGCUCAUUUAUUGCCCUACGUCCUGAUAAGAGCGAGUUCAUCGGCAGUGCCAGCGGUGUAUUCUUUGCGAAUACCGUCUUUCGGGCCUUUGCAACUGCAACGACAACCUCUGCCGGGACUGGCUCGAAGCGUCCCCAGGGAGACGUAGAUGGCCUGGGGCCUCAAGCGACGCCGGACCCCGGCUCCGCCCAUGAGUAUGUCAUGGCAGAGGAGAAGGCCCAGGAGGAAGCCGCUGGAGAGGAUACUCUUGGAGUGGGCGCCGUGGGUGCUGAUGAUGCCAGCAAGAGCCCGGGGUUGCGAUCAUAUGGCAUCGCGGCACCUGGGCUGGGGAUCCCACCUCCUCCAGCCGUUGCGAAGCGGCUCCUGGUGGAAUACUUCAGAAGAUGGCACCCCUUCCUCCCCUUCCUCCAUGGCCCCACGUUCUUUGAAAAGGUGAACCGCUUCUACGAGCUGGAAGGAGGUUCGCCUGGGGAGCCGAUGAGCCAGCGGAACAAAGUGUACCAGGCCAUCAUCUUCCAAUGCGUCUUUAACAUCGCAGACUCAAACCACAACCAGAAGCAAGAGCGGGAGCUGCCCGAAGAAUCACGUAUCAAGUCUGCCGUCGCCCUGACGAGCUUGCUGGGAAUACUCUCCAGCGGUCAUGACAUCCCCUCCCUACAAGCUCUCCUGGCCGUGGAGCUGUAUCUGAUGACGCAGAUGUCUCUGAGGGCGGCCUCGACUGUUCACGGAGCGAUGACGCGCAUCUUAUACCACUGCGGGCUACACAGAUGCCCCUUCCGAUACGUUCAGCUGCCGCGCGAUAUAUGCGACAUGAGGAAGAGAAUCUUUUGGUCUGCGUAUGUGAUUGACCGCCAUCUGAGUCAGGUCCUGGGACAUCCCCUGGCGCUCAAUGACGAAGAGAUAGACGUCUGUCUCCCCGGAGCACCAGAGGCACGCGCCUCGGUAGCGGAGGAUGACGUCCAGAACUAUGCACCAGUAGACCAUCCGACCUUUGGGUCCGUUUCCUCUACUGGAGACCUUACCGACGGUAGCACCAUCGGAACCCACGAAGACAGUCUCAACACCGACCACCUUGUAUAUCGGCCGCAGAACUUGGGCGAAUCUAUCCUUGGUUUCCUGGUGACGUAUUCACGGCUGCUUGGGCAAGCUCUCGACCUCUUCCACAAGUCCAUCCACAGCCGGUCCAUCACUUGGGACAAGGUGCUUGAGAUGACGUCGAGGAUCCAUGCCUGGUGGAAUACGCUUCCACCAUCGUUUCAGGGAGAGGGACUUACAUCGAUCUUUGUAGAACCACAAUCCCAUCAUGGACCUCCCUUUGCGAUAUUAUACCAUCAGCUCAUCCUUAUCAUGAACAGGCCUUUCCUUUCUCUCCCGACGAACCGAACGGAUUUUCAAUUUAGUUUGCAGACCGCGGUGAAUGCCAGUCGAGCCAUCGUCAAGAAGCUGAAACUACGCCAAGGGGAUUCGCCUUUGGUGGCCUGGCCAGGGAUGCUGUCGGCUGCGUGGAUGGCAGGGCUAACCAUUUCGUACGCCGGAUUGCUGAAGCUUUACCCAAUGGAGAAGACUAUCUUGGAUCUUAAUUGUGCCAUAAAGCUCCUUGGCAUGAUGAGUCGAAAUUGGACCAGCGCCCACCACUGCCGGGUGACGUUAAAGAUGCUGCUAGACAGGUUAACGUCGAAGCCGUUCAUGGAAAAGAUCAACCCAGCUCUAUCGGCAGACCCGUCGUUCGCCGUAUUGACGGACUGGAGCCAGCCUGUCUUUUCAACAUACCAGAACCUUCUCGAGGGAAGCCGCAACAAGCGGCGGCGAGUUGACCAAAACAACACAAAGAACAACAAUACCAACAACAACGUCAAUAACAUCAACAAUAACUUUAUGGGUGGUUCCAUGAGCGGGUAUCCGGCUAACCACUUUGUUGGACCUGACACGGAAUUCAUGGGCGGCGACAAUCUCUGGGACUACCCGAGCUUCCAGCCCGUUUUGGAGUACACGGGUCCGGAUUUCGGAUUCGACGCAGAUCAGUUCUCCCAGCAAGGGGAGUGGGAGCGAUUCUUGAGCGAGAACAUGAACGCAGAAUCGUCAGGGCUAUUGUUCAACAAUGCCGGAUGGGACACAUAUUUUCAGAGCAUGGGAGACAGAUUGAAUGUGUAA